UCUCCACAUCCGUGGGAGGGCUCUCUCUCUCUCUCCCUGUCAGCCUCGCUCCUUAGUGAUACGUUUACUUUAACACACUGCAGUGAGGGUGACAAGAAACGGGGGGAAAGGAAAAAGAAAUCCGGGAAAACGGGGGGGAAGACGGAGUAGGAUAACACGCGCGACAGUCUCGGAAAGAUGGCAGCCAUCAGGAAGAAGCUUGUAAUCGUGGGAGAUGGAGCUUGUGGAAAAACAUGCCUACUCAUUGUCUUCAGUAAAGACCAGUUCCCUGAGGUCUAUGUUCCCACUGUAUUCGAGAACUACAUUGCUGACAUAGAGGUGGACGCCAAGCAGGUGGAGCUGGCACUGUGGGAUACAGCAGGCCAGGAAGACUAUGACCGUCUGCGGCCCCUUUCCUACCCCGAUACAGAUGUCAUCCUCAUGUGUUUCUCCAUCGACAGUCCUGACAGUUUGGAAAACAUCCCAGAGAAGUGGACUCCGGAGGUGAAGCACUUCUGCCCCAAUGUUCCCAUCAUCCUGGUGGGAAACAAAAAGGACCUGCGUAACGACGACCACACGCGACGGGAGCUGGCCAAGAUGAAGCAGGAACCCGUUAAACCGGAGGAGGGAAGGGACAUGGCCAACCGCAUCAGUGCCUUCGGCUACCUGGAAUGUUCAGCCAAGACCAAGGAUGGGGUUCGGGAGGUGUUCGAGAUGGCCACCAGGGCGGCGCUGCAAGUGCGCAAGCGCAAGAAGAGGGGUGGCUGCCUGUUGUUGUGAGGCAGGGUGGCUGGACGCCAGUCAGCAAUUGUCACCCCCCCCCCCCCCCCCCAAAAAAAAAAAAGCUACCCCUCCCAAAAAAAGCAUUGUUGUACUGAAUCUUACAUUUCACGCCAAAAAAAGUGCGGGAAUGCAUACGCACAUGUGAAAGACUGGGCUUCAUGAUGGGUUAGGAAUUGAUAUUUUUGAAGUUGUUCAUUUUCUGGGUUUCUUGUUCUUGAUUACACUUCCCCCCUCCCACCAGAAUAUCUGCCAAUUUGUACAAUGCAGGAAGGAUAAUAAAUUUGUGUAUGACUGUGUACACAGACAAGUGGCUGUACCAAUGCCUGUCGUAUGAUUCCCCUCCCCUGCGUGUCACACAUCGGUGGGUCAUGUACAAACUGAUCCGGCGGUCUUUUAAAGAACACGUUCAACAUCACAGCAGAAAUGGUAGUAGGGUGAAAAUCUUUUAGACCCAGUGAAUUAUGUGCCUGCAUGGAAUUGACCUAUUUUCGGUGUCAAUGAAAAACCUCCCCCGCCCCCUUCCUUUCUGUCGUCGACCCUGGGUGUGAUUGCAUCCUCGGCUCGCCAACACAGCUGGUAACGAGGGGGGAAAAUAGGUUAUUUUCAGAGCACGGUCACAUCCGUGUACUGUAGCCAAGGAAUGGCAAGGCUUCAGAUUGUUUCACCACCGACGGACUCGGGUGGACAAUGUGAUGUCCUUAGUGUUGUCUCUAAGACACCCGCUGCACGUUCAGUUUCAGUUGCUGCUGAUGUUACCAAUUGUUUUAUUUAUUUCUGCCAGAUAUGUUCAAAAGACGGGCGGCAUGGUGGUGCAGUGGUUAGCACUGUUGCCUCACACCUCUGGGACCCGGGUUCGAGUCUCUGCUUGGGUCACAUGUGUGUGGAGUUUACAUGUUCUCCCCAUGUUGUCGUGGGGUUUCCUCCGGAUACUCCGGUUUCCCCCCACAGUCCAAAAACAUGCUGAGGCUAAUUGGACUUGCUCAAUUGCCCGUAGGAAUGCAUGUGAGAGUGAAUGGUGUGUGAGUGUGCCCUGCGAUGGGCUGGCCCCCCAUCCUGGGUUGUUCCCUGCCUCGUGCUCAUUGCUUCCGGGAUAGGCUCCGGACCCCCCGUGACCCAGUAGGAUAAGCGGUUUGGAAAAUGGAUGGAUGGAUGUUCAAAAGACCAUUUAGAAUACAAGAGGGAAACAUUACGAAGCUGCAUGAGUACAAGGCUGACAGGAACACAAUUAUUAGCAGUUCUCUUUUAAUUUAAACCAUACUGUGUGGGGCUAUUCUGUUUAGAGAAGGACAUGGGCAAUUAUAACAAUCCAGAGUUUCAGAACUGUGUGUUCCUUCCCAAUAGGUCUGAUCCAAUGGGAGAUUAAUCCUUUGCAACUGUAAAUGUAUUAGUCAUGUAUCAGACAAGGCCUGACCGCCCAGUUUUCACACAGAUGCCAAAUAAAGGUAUGGUAUGUCACGUCUUAAGUUGAAAUUUCCCGUAAUUUUCAGUGACCCCCCCCCGCACCCCCAUUCCUGUUUACUUGGGUACACUCAGCCUCAGCGUCUUACUGGCAGAGUUGGAGGCAGCCCCCCAGGUGGGAGUACCUCUGCUAAAUCCUGUCGCUCUCGCCUGAUUUCCAAAUCUGUCAUUACCAUCUAAAACGCUUAUCUGUGUAUUAAUCACUUUGAAAUGGCACCACUUAAUGGUGAUAAUAAAGUGGGUGGGGAAUUAAUUUUGGACAUUUAAUUAAACAUGCUUUACAGUA